CCCACCCUGCUCCCCCUUAAUAAUAGCCCACCAGCUUAGAGCAUCCAUCUGCCUAAACAGAAGAAGCCUCUCCAUGACAGUUACUCUCUAGGCACAAGCUUGCAGGCAGCAAAAUCAAACGUGUUUUCCCAAAGAAUUUAAUAUCCAGUAAACCCCAGGAUCUAGCAAGAUUAUACCAUCUAUAAACUAGUCUCAGUGGGAGUGAGGACAGAGCUGUAGACAGGUCAAACGUUUGACAAAAUGUGGAAAAGGACGAAGAACACAGGUCCCAGUACCAACAGACGAUGUUUCUCCCUCGUUCAUCAAUACAUUCAGCGUUUUAAUGAGGUGUCUGGCAACAAGUCAGCUGUGAUCCGGAGAAGAUCUACGACUCCUGGAGUAAUGAUCACACAGUAUGUGGUAGACAUCCCAGAGGGAAAAAGCACCCCAGAUGUCCAGAGUAAACCCACCCCAGUUACUAUCAAGGAAGGACAAUCAGCGGUUUUCAAGAUUGUGGUGAAAGGGGAUCCAAAACCAGAGGUGUCAUGGAGAAGAACUAAAGGGCCUAUUUCAGACAAGAAUAAAUUUCAGAGUAAAUAUGAUGAAUCGACAGGAGAGCAUAUAUUAGAGAUUAUAAAAGUGACUGGUGCUGAAACAGAUACAUACAAAUGCUGUGCUGCCAAUGUGUAUGGCAAAGCUGUCUGCACAACAACAUUAAAUGUCAUUGAGGCUUCAAAGAAUCCAUCAGACUUCAGAAAACUGCUGCGAAGAAGUAAAGUAGAGGAAAAAGCAGAAGGGGAAAGUGAUGAAAGAUUCUGGGAGGCGAUGCUGGACGCUGACCGGAAAGACUAUGAGCGCAUCUGCAUGGAGUUUGGUGUUGCAGAUUUACAUUUGAUUCUCAAGAAACUGGAAGAGAAAAAAAAGAAGAUGGUGGAAAAUAAGUGUAAGGAUGGUGAGAUUCCUUAUGAUGAAGAGGCAACAGAGAAACACAGCCUUAAGAGUGUUGGGAGGACAAAGGAUUUUAAUAAGGGCCUGGUGCAAAAAGUCAACCUCCUCGACACAGAGCUGGAUCUGGUGGAUGAAGACGUCACCCUUUUCUCUACAGAGUUUAAACUUUCCAAUGUGGACUUUGUUAUUAAAAUUCAGGAGCUUAAAGCUUCAGAAAGAGACGAUGCCCUCUUUGCGUGUGUCCUGACUCACCCCCUACCCAAGAUCACAUGGAUGGGCAAGGGCAGCGCCCUGGAGGAUGGAGAGAAAUACACCAUAACCGUGUCAGACCACAAACUGAUCCACCGGCUGCUGAUCAGGGACUGCAACAAGCUGGACAACGGCAUCUAUUCAGCUGUGGCUGGCAUUACAUCCUGCAGUGCCUGGCUGGUUGUUCAAGCUGAGAGUGAGCCUGCAUCUGCUGGACAGAAGAGAGCUCGUAAAACUGCCUUGGCUGGUGGAGCACAGAUCGAUCUUGAGAAGGUGGCCAGAGAGCAACAAAUAAAAAACCGAGAGGAGAUGGAGAAGAUUUUAGCAGCGGUAAAAGCAAAACAUGGAGAAGGACAACUGAAGGAAGCAAAGUCAUUGACCACAAGUGGAAGAGAUGGCGAUGGUGUAAUAACUACAGUCCCUGGACCGGGUAAAUACAGCAGAGCAGUAAAGGACAAGCCUAAUGCCGCAAAAACCAGUGCCCUGUCUGAGUCAACAGGAACCAAAGGGAAAGACAAGAUCAAAAACUCAAGAGGCGACGGUCCAGAAACAAAAUUAAAUGCUUCAGGGUGUGUAACACAAGCAGGAUUGCAACUGAUAGUAGAUGACCCCAAGAACAAGAAACACACCAGAUCAGGUCAAAGGGAUUUUGACAAGGUAACAGAUACUAAUGACGGAAGAUAUUCUGAAGGAGGAUAUUCUGACGGUGGAUAUUCUGAAGGAGGACUUUCUGAAGAGAAUGAGGACUUCACUGGAUCUACCAAUAAUUUAAGAUACAUAAAACAUGGUCAAGAGACAGAACAUCAACAAAUUGAGUCUAGCGGCAAAAGUGUGGAUGUCGAGUUCAACGAGAUUCAAACAUUAGCCACAAGUCAAACUGCAGUGGCUGAUUCUAACGGAAAUAAAGACUCUACUGGGUCCAUUAGACGUCAAAGGCGCACAAGGAAGGUCCAACGGAAACAACAUGUAUCUGAGCAAGAUCCAAAUGGACAAGCAAUUGACGAUGAAGGAAGUGAGGAUGCAUCAAGUGACAGUGAUGAGAAUGAGGACUCUACUGGCCAUGUCAAGCAUUCAAGUCGUUCAAAGCAAAGCCAGCAGCCACAGAAAACCGUCAACGGUGAAAGUACACGUCCUGAAGACCACAAUAAGUGUGACGAGGCUGAAGAUGCAACUGCCACUGCCACCCAUUCAAGGCGUAAAAGACACGGCCCAAUGAUAGAAGAUCUGGUGAUAGAUCCUGGGGUUCAUUUCAUCUGCGGUUUGUCUGACGUCAACGCCAUCAUCAAUGAGACGGCAGAGUUGACAUGUAAGCUCAGCAGUGAAGACUGUGAGGGUGUCUGGUUCAGAGACGGCAAAAAGAUAAGCCCAGAUGACAAUUUCAGUGUCACUAAAGAUGAUGCAAUCCAUAAAUUAGUCAUAAUCAGGUGCAAGGAAGAGCACUCUGGGAAAUACCGCUUUGAGGCAGACGGACGUAAAACAGAGGCAAUGGUCAGCGUCCAAGAUCCCCCAAGGUUUAACCAUGAAGAUCUGAGUGCUUUCACUGAACCAUUGACAGUUAAAGUAGGGCACAACGCCAUCUUCAAACUCCAUUUUGUAGGCCAUGAACCCAUAAAGAUUAAGUGGUAUAGAGAGGGAGAAGAGCUCCUGGAGGACAACAAUACAAAGAUAGAGAAAUCUGCGAGUCACAGCCGCCUUCUCCUGAGCAGAUGCCAGAGGAAGGACACUGGAGAGAUCAAGAUUAGGCUCAAAAACGAACACGGCUGCAUAGAGGCAAUUUCACAGCUAAUUGUGCUUGACAAACCCACUUCACCCCAGGGUCCUGUAGAGGUAACUGAGAGCUCAGCUACAUGUAUUGAAUUAAGAUGGAGGCCUCCAAAGGAUGAUGGGGGCUCACCUGUGAUUAACUACAUCAUGGAGCGACAGCAGGUGGGAAGAAACACCUGGAAGAAAAUAGGGGAAAUCCCAGCUGUGUGCAGCUACCGCGAUACAGAUGUGGACCAUGGCCGGAAAUAUUGGUACCGUAUCAGGGCAGUGACUGCCGAGGGUACGAGUGAAGUGAUGUUGACUGAUGAUGUGCAAGCCGGCACACUAGCUUUUCCUGGCCCGCCAGCACCUCCAAAGGUCGUCAGCGCCUAUGACGAAUGCAUCAACAUUUCCUGGGCAUUACCAAGUAACACAGGAGGUUCCCGUAUCCUGGGCUAUAUUUUGGAGAAACGCAAGAAGGGGAGUAAUCUCUGGACCGUUGUCAAUGCCAUGGAUGAAAUAAUAAAAGAGAAGAAAUAUGCAGUGAAAGAUGUUGUAGCGGGAAUGGAAUAUGAAUUCAGAGUCACUGCCAUAAACCUAUCUGGAGUUGGUGAAUUCAGCAACCCCUCAGAGUUUGUAUUUGCACGGGAUCCAAAGAAGCCACCUGGGACAGUUACAGGCCUAAGGGUGACAGAAACGUCUUACAGCCACUUGGUCCUGACUUGGACCAAGCCUGAGGUUAAACCAGGCAUACAGGAUGAAGCGAAGGGAUACUAUGUUGACAUUCGGCCUGCAGAGUGCAUUGAAUGGUCCCGCUGUAACAGCACUCUCAUCAUCACGACUUCCUUCACGGUCAAAGGCCUUAAGUCCAUGGACAUGUACUGGGUGAGAGUGAUAGCGACUAAUGAUGGAGGGGAGAGUGCUCCUGAGGAGCUGUCCAACUAUGUCCUCGCGAUGCCCUCACCCGUGAGGCCAAAGUUCACAAACCACAAGAUGAAGAGCUUUAUGGUGGUGAGGGCAGGGAACUCUGUCAGGAUCACAGUGAACUUUGAGGCUUCCCCACUGCCAUGUAUUAUGUGGCUAAAGGACAAUGGGCCAGUGACAAAGCGUGUCACCAUCAGUAACUGUGAUGGCUCAUCCCAGCUACUAAUCCCCUCCUCUGAGCGCUCUGAUACUGGCAUCUACUCCAUUAUGGUGAAAAAUCUUGCAGGACAGGAAACAUUCAGUACAGAGGUCAGGGUAACAGAUGAUCCAAAGCCUCCUGGACCGGUAGAACUGGAGGAAAAUGUGCCGGGCACAGUGACAGUGAUCUGGGAACCUUCCCCUGAUGAGAAACGUGAUGACCGCCUCCACUACGCAGUGUCCAAACUGGACUCUACCAAACGCACAUGGACCACGGUGGCCGACAGGCUCUUCAAUAACAAGAUCACAGUCAGCAAUAUCAUGCACGGGAGGGAAUAUCUUUUCCGGGUGUAUGCCAAAAACGACAUGGGCAUAUCUGCACCGUCAGAGUCACCAAGCUAUGGGAAGGAGAAGAAGAAAGGAAAAUUUGUGGUGAGCGUACCAACCAGAAAGGACUGUGAUUUGCAAUGUGCGCCAACCUUCAUUGUGCCUUUGAAGCUUCACACUGCACCCAAAGGCUAUGAAUGCUACAUGAGCUGUGCAGUGAAAGGGAAUCCGAAACCUCGCAUCACGUGGUAUCGAAAUCACAUCAGCCUAAACACCAAUACCAACUAUUACAUCUCCGACACCUGUGGAGUUUGCUCCAUGUUAAUUCUCUGCGUAGGCCCCAAAGACAUGGGGGAGUACAGCAUCACUGCAGAGAACGCCCUCGGACGGGCGGAGUGCUCCACCGUCCUCAGUGUCAGAGAGUGAAGACACAAUGCAACACAAUAUGGACAGUCUUUAUUUUAAG